CAGCUACAUUGAUUGGUCGCUGUCACUGUGUUUCCUGUUCUGAUUUUACAAUGCGCUCUCUGAUUGGCCGAAGCCGCUAGCAUGACUGCCCCGCCUCCAGACAGAGGACAGUGAAACAUGGCGUCUCUGAGGUGUUUUCUGCGCUCGGGGAAGAAUGCCGUCUCUGCUGCUCUGCGGAGGGAGUUUCACAGGACUCAGCCGGCUGCGGUGCAGGUAACAGUCCGAGAUGCUCUCAACCAGGCCAUGGAUGAGGAGCUGGAGAGGGAUGAGCGGGUUUUCCUCCUCGGAGAGGAAGUCGCACAGUAUGACGGCGCAUAUAAGGUUAGCAGAGGCCUUUGGAAGAAGUACGGAGACAAACGCAUCAUUGACACACCCAUUACAGAGAUGGGUUUUGCUGGCAUCGCCGUUGGUGCUGCCAUGGCGGGUUUGAGGCCAAUUUGCGAGUUCAUGACCUUCAACUUCUCCAUGCAAGCCAUCGACCAGGUCAUCAACUCGGCUGCUAAGACCUACUACAUGUCUGCUGGCUUUCAGUCCGUCCCGAUCGUGUUCCGCGGACCCAACGGCGCUUCGGCUGGCGUGGCGGCUCAGCAUUCCCAGUGCUUCGCUGCCUGGUACGGACACUGUCCCGGUCUGAAGGUGGUCAGUCCCUGGAGCGCUGAAGACGCCAAGGGCCUUCUGAAAUCAGCCAUCCGAGACGACAACCCUGUGGUGUUUUUGGAGAAUGAGCUGAUGUACGGCGUGGCGUUUGACAUGUCCGAAGAAUCUCAGUCGAAAGACUUCCUCAUCCCUAUUGGAAAAGCAAAGAUUGAAAGACCAGGAAAUCACAUCACUGUGGUGUCCCAUUCCCGGAUGGUCACCCUGUGUCUCGACGCUGCCGCUGUCCUGGCCAAGGAGGGUAUCGAAUGUGAGGUGAUCAACAUGCGCACCAUCCGGCCUCUCGACACAGAAACCAUUGAAACGAGCAUAAUGAAAACCAAUCAUCUCAUCACCGUGGAGGGCGGCUGGCCUCAGUUUGGAGUCGGGGCGGAGGUUCUUGCCCGGAUCAUGGAGGGUCCUGCCUUCAAUUUCCUCGACGCCCCUGCAGUCAGGGUCACGGGUGUAGAUAUUCCAAUGCCGUACGCCAAGAUUUUGGAGGACAACAGCGUACCGCAAAUCAAGGACAUCAUCUUCUCCAUCAAAAAGACUUUGAACGUUUAACAUAUCUCCAUUUCAGGACACAUUAAAUAUUAAAUACAUGUUCUCUCCCGUUUCUGCAUCAAUGUUUGAGGAAUAGGACGUUCUUUUUCAUCUUUCUGUUACAUGGCUCUUCCCUCAUUGGGGCUAUAUUAAAAUUAUUUUCUCAUUUCGACUCUAUAAUGAGGUUGUGUCAUGACAGUGAGGUUUAUUAUGGCUAUAAACAACCGACCAUGUGUAUUAUGCUGUAAAUUCUACUGUAAGCUAAAAUAAACCUUUAUCACAAUGGGUUGUAAGAAUGAGUGUAAAGUCCUCAUAAGCAAAUAAAUGGUUAGAAUUUUA